AUAAAUUAGUCCAACAUUGGGGGAAAAAUGGUGCGCGCAACAAGUUUAGGGGUGCGCGAAGGAGGAGCGUUUCUUUGUUAAGCCCAUACAAAGCCCACUCUCGAACCACUCUAAUUUCAUCGCCUUGUACCUGAAACCCUAAGGAGGCUUGUUACUGCCGACUGAAGAUUCGGUUUCAGGUCCCAUUUGCUGCAGACGGAAGAUUGGCGAAAAAUCCAAUGGGGAGAAGACCAGCAAGGUGUUACCGCCAGAUUAAGAACAAGCCAUACCCAAAGUCAAGGUACUGCCGUGGUGUGCCUGACCCAAAGAUUAGGAUCUAUGAUGUGGGGAUGAAGAAAAAGGGAGUUGAUGAGUUCCCCUUCUGCGUGCAUUUGGUCAGCUGGGAGAAGGAGAAUGUCUCGAGUGAGGCCCUUGAAGCUGCCCGAAUUGCUUGCAACAAGUAUAUGACCAAGUUUGCAGGAAAGGAUGCCUUCCAUCUUAGGGUUAGGGUUCACCCUUUCCAUGUCCUUCGUAUUAACAAGAUGUUGUCGUGUGCUGGGGCUGAUAGGCUCCAAACAGGAAUGAGGGGGGCAUUUGGCAAGCCACAGGGUGUCUGUGCUCGUGUUGCCAUUGGACAGGUUCUUUUGUCCGUUCGCUGCAAGGAUUCUAACAGUCAAAAUGCACAGGAGGCAUUGCGUCGUGCCAAGUUUAAAUUCCCUGGUCGCCAAAAGAUCAUUGUUAGCAGGAAAUGGGGUUUUACAAAGUUCAAUCGUACUGAUUAUCUAAACUACAAGAAGGAAGGCCGCAUUGUGUCUGAUGGUGUCAAUGCUAAGCUUUUGGGGUGUCAUGGACCUCUUGCAAAACGCCCACCUGGGAGAGCAUUUAUUGACGCAGCAGCUUAAAGUUUAUGUUUUGUCUCACAAGCCUCUUGAUCAGUCUAUCCGACUCUAUCCUGUAACACAUUAUGAUUUUUUCCAUUGGAGCAAAUAUAUUUAUAUAUCCUGACAUCACUUUAUGAAAUUCGGUUUUUAGUAGGUUGGUGUUUGUUUCACGGUUUUGAUUACUUUGAUGCGUUUGCAAAUUUCAAUGGUCGUGUUCUUUCCUUUUGCUUUGUCUAUUAUCUUCCUUUGAUGUUGGAAUAUAUAUGCUGGGCAAUUUACGUUCUAAACGUAAUCAUUAUUUUACUAGUUUUGGAUAUUUGUUAAAAGAGUUGUUACGUUCAACCUUAUUUCCGUUGCUUACCACUUAUUCAUAUUUUGAGCCUGUUUGUUAAUAUUGAAAUCGGC